AUUGUUUGUGUCUUGAGUCAAACCUUGCUUCAUAUAUUACUCUCUCUCUCUUUCUCUCUCUUCCUCUCCCUUUGUUGUGUGACUUUGUCGAUUAUCAGAGAGCCACCCAAACGGUUUCUUUCUUCGUCUAGUUCUUUGGUUUCUUUCUUUUUUGAUCCUGUGGUUUGAUGUCCACGGAUGACCGUCAGAUCAAUUACAUCUAACGUUAAGACUUGAGAAGCUUUACGUCCAACGGAGUGGUUUCUACGUGGUUCAUCGAAUCCAAUAAGCGGUUUUCCGUGACGGUGAGGGCGGAUUUGGUUUUUUCCGAGGGGUGCAACAUGGAUGAUAGUUUAUCGGAUAUCUUUUACGAAACGGAAUUCACCGACACAAGCUUCACCGGAGGCGCUUCACCUGAUGACCUCUUCAGCAUAUUUGAUUCCCUAGAGGUAGAGGGUGCCCCAGAGUUUGCUCCAUUAACGCCACUUGGUGAAACUGUUCUUCGCCCGAAAGGCGGCAGUACUGGUGGAAGCAGCUGCGAGGACUCAACUAGAUUGGUUUCUCAAAAGCCUACUUCUUCGAGUACUGCUCAACAACAGGACACUGACACAGGAGUUGAAGCCUCACCACCUUCCAAGAGACCUAAGCUCUCGUCUGCCACUGCCAUUGCUUCUUCUGACGAGCCACCUCAAGACGGACAGCAACGGAUGUCGCACAUAACGGUGGAGCGCAAUCGGAGGAAGCAAAUGAACGAGCACCUCUCGGUCCUGCGUUCGUUGAUGCCUUGCUUCUACGUCAAAAGAGGAGAUCAAGCAUCCAUAAUAGGGGGUGUUGUUGAUUAUAUCAAAGAGUUGCAGCAAGUACUACAGUCACUGGAGGCAAAGAAGCAAAGGAAAGCCUACAGUGAAGUUCUAAGCCCUAGGCUUGUUUCGAGCCCAAGACCGUCGCCAUUAAGCCCACGGAAACCACCUCUAAGUCCAAGGUUAAGCUUACCACCCAUAAGCCCAAGAACCCCCCAACCAGGCAGCCCCUACAAGCCUAGGACGUCGUCCCAACAAGGUUACCCAUCACCCACCCAGCUUGCUGCUGCUACUUCACAUGAAUCCUCAUUGUCGACUUGCUCCUCCUUUGACAGUAGUGCCAAGGAGCUCUGGGCCAACUCAAAGUCAGCAAUUGCAGAUGUAGAAGUGAAGCUUUCUGGGUCGAAUGUUCUUUUAAAGACGAUAUCACCACGGAUUCCUGGUCAAGCUCUAAAGAUAGUUGCAACCCUUGAAAGCCUACCACUCGAAAUUCUCCAUGUGAGCAUCAGCACCGUCGAUGAUACCAUGCUCAAUUCCUUCACCAUCAAGAUUGGAAUUGAAUGCGAACUCAGUGCGGAGGAACUAGCACAUGAAAUUCAGCAAACGUUCUGCUAAUUUGGCUGGAGAUAGAUGCAGUACAACCCUAAUUAACAUCUCUCUCUCUCUCUCUCUCCAUGUUCAAACUUCAAAACUGCAAUAAGUCAAGAAAAUGUUUGUGCAUGGUAUGAGUAAAUAUAAUUUGUCUUGCUCUUGCAGUGUAAGUGUAACAAGGUUGAGAUUUCAGUAA